AUGGUCUUCCUACGAAGACUGCGCAGCAAGUAUGGCUGGAGAGCAGAAAUGGCCCAGCGAACGCUAGUUAAGAUGCAGGUGAAACUGGCGAAACUCAAAAAUCGAAAGGUGUUCCUUUUGAACUGCAGACGGCUAAAGCUCACGCCGUCGUUCCUGAAUUUUGCCGUUCACAUCAACUUGGAGAACGACAAGCCAGCACUGAAGGCAAACAAGCUGGUGAGUAGAUUUAAGCAGCAGCUCCUCAGCGUGCUCAUUUCGGACAGCAUCAUCAGCAUCAACAAGACCAACCGGUCAGCUGAUGCCAGUCGAGAGCAGCUAGAGAGAACGAUCGAACCGAUCGAUCUCGAAGAUUGCCUGCAGUUUGCAACAACAAAACAAGACCACACUUUCACGCGCUACAAAAGCAGACAACAACGCAAAUUGGAAAAGUUGAGAUCGAGCAGGGAUGUUCAAAACGCAACUCGGGAAAACUGGGUUGUAAAUUGCACGAACGAGGUCCUGCCGGAGUACGUAACCCGUUCGUUGCAGCUCGGCAGUGGUUUCAACAACCCAAACCCGCACACGGCACCGUACGUUCGGGUUCUGUCCGAGAUAGAAGCUGCCGUGAACGAAAGACCGAAUGCAGAUCUGAUUCGACAAGAUGUGUCCAACGCGAUCAUCAACCACGUUAACUACACUAAGCAGUCUUUCCACGACGAGCACGAGAGCACACGAAAGAAGUCCAAAACCAAGCAGUUCCUCUUGGAGAGAGGGGACUUGGUUGUCACCAAGGCGGACAAGGGGAAGACAGUGGUGGUGAUGAAGCGGGAGGAGUACGAUGAGAAGAUGCAAGCACUGGUGAGCGAUGUGGAGACGUACGAGCAGAUUGCGAGGACCAGACCAAGAAGACAUGCGAAACAAUCGGAGGUGAAGGUGUACAAGCUACACAACUGUAACCCGCCACGUGUGUACGGGUUACCCAAAACGCACAAGGACGGGAGGCCGCUGAGGAUCAUCAACUCAACGAUCGGUACGGCUACGUACAAGAUGGCACAGUAUCUGUCCAACAUCCUCAACCAGGUAGCGGGUAAGACUGAGCACCACAUCGUAAACAGUUUCGAGUUUGUGGAGGAAAUCCCGGUGUCGAACAUCGUGCUGGAGAGAAUUGAGAGAGCAGCUCUGGAGAACUUGAUGGCCCGUGGGAUCGUGCCAGUGUUCUUCAAGCGGUACGUCGAUGACUGUUUGCUGUGUGCGAGAUUGGAAGAUGUUGAAAUUGUACUGGAGGUUUUCAACAGUUUCCAUCAGCGUUUGCAGUUUACGAUGGAAAUGGAAGUAGAUAUGAAGCUGAAGUUUCUAGACGUAAUACUGCGAAGGAGGGGAAUGUGA